AUGAUUACGAAAACAGACAAAAAAGAGAGUAAUAUAGAUAUCGAGAGUGUUGACUUGCAACAACUGGAAGCACCAGACCAACAUCACCCCAAUUUUUUCGAGUUAGAGUUGACUAGGAAGCAAAAGUUAGCACUUUUCUGGUCCAAAAAGAGCCCUAGGGCUAAGGAAAAAAGGCAGAAAUUUUUUUUUUGGAACCCACCAGGAAGAUCAGCUUAUGAGAAGAACUUGGUGUUCAAGUUGGACUGUAUUAUCUUAUCUUAUUGUUGUUUAUCAUUUUUUGUUAAAUAUUUGGACCAAUCUAAUGUUAAUAAUGCCUAUGUUUCCGGUAUGAAGGAAGCGUUGGAUAUGGAGGGAAAUAUGUUUAACUGGCUUAAUCAAGGUUUUUUACUCACCUACGGUAUUUUUGGAUUAUUUGGUUCUUUGCUAAUCACCAAAAUAUCCCCUCACAUCGUACUUCCACUCUUUGAGGUCAUAUGGUCAGUCUUAUGUCUUUUGGUCAUCACCUGUGAUACUUAUCCAAAACUUGUGGCAAUCAGAUGUCUUCAGGGUGCUUUUUCAGGUAUUGUUUACCCUGCUUGCCACUAUAUUUUGGGAACUUGGUAUACUCCAGCUGAACUAACUGCUCGAACCGCUAUAUUUGUCUCAUCUGGUUCUCUCGGAACUAUGUUUGGUGGUUAUAUUCAAUCUGGAAUUCAUAAAUCUCUCGAUGGGAAAGCUGGAUUACCUGGUUGGAAAUGGAUUUUCGUGAUUGAUUUUCUUAUUACUAUUCCUGUGGCAACCUUUGGUUAUUUUAUCCUUCCUGGUGAGCCUUCUAAGCCAAGGGCGUCCCGCUUUUUGAAUGACCAAGAUUUUGAAUUUUGCUGUAAAAGAAUUGAAGUCGUCGAAAAUGUUGAAACAGUUAACAAAUUUGACUUCAGUGUUGUUAAAAGAGCCAUUUUUUCUUGGCAGCUAUAUGUUUUCGUUAUAGCAUAUGUUCUCAGUCAACUUACUGAGGAAUGUACUAAUUAUUGGAAUAUCGUAUUGCAAGACCAAGGUUUUAAUAUUUACAAUAGAAAUACUUACCCAACUGUUCAAUCUGCAGUCAAAGUAGUUUCAAGUCUUAUUGCUGGGCUCUAUAGCGGUAUACGGGGAAAAAAAUGGGAAAUAUACGUUAUCAUUUGUUUUUUUUGGAUAAGUGGUCUUGCUACUUUGGUUAAGUACGAUGUUCCCUUUGGUGCUCAAUUCUAUGCAAAUUCAGUUUUAGGUGUUUGUGCAGCGUAUUCUGUGAUUAUCAUCAGUUGGGCGAAUGAAAUGUGUAAAGAAGAUGAUCAGUUGAGAGCUACUGUCCUAGGGUCCCUUAAUUUCAUAUUUGUUGUGUUAGAUGUACCGUAUGCAACACGAGUAUUCGAUACUAAUAAUGCUCCAAGGUUUAGAUUAGGUAUGACUAUAGGAUUAACAUUUUGUUGCUUUUUGUUUUUAUUCAACGGAGUUCUUGUUAUGUUUGACAGAUAUCAAAAUAGAAUCAGAGAUCUCUUUGAUGAUAAGUUCAACAAGGACAUCGAGGUUGAAGAAAUAAUUUCAAAAGAUCCAGAAAAGAGUAUAAUAUCUCAUUAA